UUGAUAAUGUUUUAAUUAUAUUAUACUCAAAUCAUUCGGUCGAUAGUAGUCGAUCUGUGAAAAACGGACAGAGAUCAUUGCAUAACUAAUGUUGAGAAUCUUUCGUUUCCGCGACGUUUGGACCAAAUGUUAUUCGACACGGACGUAUGCGCAAAAAAUAAGUGGAGAAGUUGAAUUUGAUUUAAAAAAAGCAAUGGAAAAAUUGCCACCUGUUAAGCCGCCAGGCCAACCACCCAAAAUUUGGAAAUCGAUUGAAAAAGUGACCAAGGAUGGCAAACCAAUGAAAUUCACGAUUCAGGAGAUUCCUGAAGACAGGUAUGAAGAUGCAGUCCAACAUAUGUGUGCGUACUUUUUGGCCGAUGAACCGACUUGUCAAUGUUUGAAUUCGAAAGAUGACCCCGUAUUUGUGCAAGAUAUAAGUACAAUAUGGCGUCUAAUACUCGUAGAAGGCAUAUCCAUAGCUGCCUUCACUGAAAAUCCCAACGGCGGAAAACCUAUAAUCGCCGGUAUGAAUGCCUUGGGUCUUGAUUUUAAGGAUCAUAAAGAUAGUAUUUCAGAGUACAAAUUUAAAUCAGAAAACUGCAAAAAUACAUUCGCAAUCAUAUCUGAUGCAACAAAGAUAGUAUACGAACAUUAUGGAGUGGACAAGUAUCUGUAUGCUAUCGGACUUAGUGUAGACCCCGCUUAUCGAGGAUAUGGCCUAGGAAAAGAUAUUCUAAAAAUCAGGGAUCUCAUUGGCCGUGAGUAUAAUAUUCCGGCGACAGCCACGGUAUUCACAUCGAUAAUCUCGCAAAAAUCAGCAAAGGGUGCAGGAUUCGAACUAUUAAUGGCGAAAGAUUUUGUCGACAUAGUGGACGAAAAUGGAAAGGAAUAUUUCCCUGGUAUUAAGUCUAAAACGUUUGAAGUUAUGGGAAAAAGAUUAUUUUAAUACAGUUCUGCGCACUCAUGAUGACACGCAAUUACACGCAAUUAUACAAAGCAAAUCUCCUAAUUUGCUGAAUUGAAUUAUUAUAAUUUUUGCAAGCAUAAUUUUUUAAUAUUUUUUAUAUAUCAUCUCGUGACUGCGUAAAGUAAUGAUAAAAUUUUUUUUUUUUUGAUAUUUCCAGUAUGUACAUUUAAUACAUCUAACACAUUAUCAGCUUUUGUUAACGCACAUUGAUAUUUAAUCGCACUUCCGUUCCGAUAAACAGCGGCAUUCGCGGUAAUUACAAAUGCAUUUGAAAUACAUAGGCAUUACAAAAUGUUAACUACAUACCAUGCAUAUACGCAGCAAAAUGUGCGGGUUGUACGUUACGCUAUCACGUCGGAAUAUGCCAAGAGAUUUAUGAUACCAUGUCGACCACCGCGUGACUAGAAUUUUAUGAUUUCGAUCUAUUAAUGGUGUCUACAAAAAAAAAAUCUAAUUUACAAAUCAUAAGAAAUAAUGUAUACACUUCCCGCUGGAUAUAAUUAUAUUAUAAUAGAAUGUUAGUUUUCUUAAAUUUAAUGCAGAAUUACUACGAUUUUACUUCCCAAACUAUAAAUUCAAUUCUUUAUCAUUUUCCAUUAUAUUUUGCUUAAAUAUAUACUAUAGGUAUUAUUAAAUCUAUGUUAAAGAUUAUCAUAAAACACGAAAUGUACUUGCAUGCAGAAAUAAAUAAUUUUAUGUUGUAAAA